AUGAGGAAGAUGAUGGGUGUGAAGACGAAGGAGGACUAUGCCAUAGGGUCUUCGUCCUUUUUCCCUUGUAAUUAUCCAUUCCUUGAUUUUUCUGAAGAUAAGGGCUCUUUAGGGUUUAUGGAGUUGUUGGGUGUGCAAGACUAUAGUCCUCUGCUUGAUUUGCCUUUAGGGUCCGACAUGGCAGUGCCUCAAACAUCUGAUCUUAAGGAACCACCUCAGACUAAGAAAGAAUGCUCCGAGGUAACCAACCAGCAACCUGCGACUCCGAACUCUUCAUCCAUUUCCUCCGCGUCCAGUGAGGCUCUCAAUGAUGAACAACAGAAUAGAACUGUAGACCAAACACAUGAUGAACACCGCAAGACAAAAGAACAGUUGAAGUCUAAGAAGACAAACCAGAAGAGACAGAGAGAACCGAGAAUCGCGUUCAUGACGAAAAGCGAGGUGGAUCAUCUGGAAGAUGGGUACAGAUGGAGAAAGUACGGUCAAAAAGCUGUGAAAAACAGCCCCUUUCCCAGGAGCUACUACCGUUGCACCAGUGUUUCGUGUAAUGUGAAGAAACGCGUGGAGCGAUCUUUUACCGACCCAAGCAUUGUGGUGACAACCUACGAAGGCCAACACACCCAUCCAAGCCCAGUUAUAGGUCGCUCCAACAACUUUGGUUCGCUAAUGUCUGGAUCUGGGGACUACAUGUCUCGUUAUUAUCAGCACCAUCAACAACAAAUCCACGUCAAUGCAUUGUCUUCUUCGGGCUUCUUCCCUUCAAAGAAUGGCACUUUUCCUCACGAAACUGUGUUGUUGAGUGACAAUGGGCGUCUUCAAGAUGUUGUUCCUUCACAUAUGUUCAAAGGAGACUAG